AUGGAGGGGCAACUUGUUUACAAUAUCAUAGCAAAAAUUGCUGGGCAAAGCCCAGUCCCAUCAACACAGUCUUGGGAAAAAAUCAGCAACAGCCAAGACCAAACACAGCUCCCCUCAGCUCAACAAUCCUUAUACGUGAAGACCUCCAAACAAACCAAAGAGAAAAAGCCGCGAAAGGCUCAACAACCUCUUAAACACGAGAAAUCAGUCAAACUGAACAAAACAACGCGUAAAGAAACAAAAUUAUUACAACUCACCCAAAACAAUUUGACAAGCAAAAACUUGAUGGGAAUCACACGAUCGAUGCUUAACUCCCGUAUCGAAAUUUGGAAAAAAGAUGCUGAAUUAGACGACGCUCUUUUCCCUCAUCCUUUCAUGAUGUAA